UGGUAGCAGUAAAUAGCUCACUUCAACUUGCCUAUCCAUAUCGACCCAACGACAGCGCGUGCUAGCAACACGGGUUUAGCUUUGGCCCAUGGCAUUUCUUCGGCACAUCAGACUCAGCCUCGCUCAUUCUCCAAUUCCCCGCGCUUGCGCCAAGUAGACAUGACAUCCUCUAUCGCUGCAACCAAGAAACACUCGUUACCGUUUUCCAAGUCGGCCGCGCCGAUCAAGACGCAUCUGAUCGAGAGCCACAAGGUCACCAAGCCUUCGUUGCUGUCCACCGCUUCCCUUUCGAACGCCAUUGCCCGAUGCAAGGAGGAAGUGGCGACGAUCGUCGCCGAAUGCCGCGCCAACAACCGCGUGUUUCGCGACAUUGACUUUGACUUGUCCAACAACGAAGACGACUGCCUCGAGUCGCUCGUCGAGUCGUGGGACGACGCACCGGCCCCCGGGGGUGCCCUUCGCGUGCGCCAGAUCUUCAAGGACCCGACUUUCUGCGACGAAGGGUUCGAUGCCGCCGACAUCAACCAAGGCACGACGGGCAACUGCUGGUUCCUCGCGGCUCUCGCGUCCGUGUGCGGCGUGCCGCGCAUCAUCGAAAACAUCUGCGUGGCACGGGACGAAAAGGUUGGCGUGUACGGAUUCAUCUUCUUCAAGGACGGCGACUGGGAGCAUGUGAUCGUGGACGACCAGUUGUUUGUGACCACGACGGAUUUUGACCAUGCGUUUGAAACGAUGAUUAUCAGGGACAAGAAGGCAUUCAAGGACGUGCUGCGGUCCGACUCGCAAGCGCUGUUCUUUGGCAAGUCGAGCUCGGCGCGCGAGACGUGGCUGCCGCUGCUCGAGAAGGCGUACACCAAGCUCCACGGCGACUACAAGUCGGUGGAAGGCGGGUUCACGGGCGAGGGCAUCGAAGACCUCACGGGGGGGGUCACCACGUCCAUCGAGCUCACCGACAUCUUGGACUACGAUCGGUUCUGGCGCGACGAAUUGAGCCGCACGAACGUCGACACGCUGUUCUCGGCGUCGAUUUGCAAGAAGCACUCGGGCAUGGAGUCGCGAUCUGCGAAUGGGUUGGUGCAUACCCACGCGUACUCGGUGCUCAAGGCCGUGCAAGUGCAGGGCGUCAAGUUGUUGCUGGUGCGCAACCCGUGGGGGCAGCACGAAUGGAAUGGGCGAUGGUCGGACGGGUCCAAGGAGUGGACGCCCGAGUGGAUGGCCGCGCUGGACCACAAGUUUGGCGACGACGGGUCGUUCUGGAUGCAGUUUGAGGACUUUGUGGACGAGUUCACGACCAUCGAGCGCACGCGGCUUUUCGAUGACAAGUGGUUUGUCAACCAAGAGUGGACAGAGUACCAUUCGAGCUGGCCGGCCGCGUGGAGCCACGGGCUGUUCCAGUUCGACUUGACCCACGACGGCCCCGCGAACGUUGUGCUGACCAAGGCAGACGAGCGGUACUUCCAGGGGCUCCAAGGCCCGUUCCACUAUGGCCUCCGCAUGGCCAUCUACCGAAGCGCGGAAGAGGAGGGGGGUCGUCGGGAGUUUGUGGGGCACUUUGUCCAGCGCGCGUUUGGCCGCAGCAUUAGCCUCGAGUUUGCGUCGUUGAAGGCGGGCCAUUACGACGUGGACGUGAUGGUCGUGCGCACCCCCAACGGCGUCGAUCCCGCCCUCGCAGUUGUCAGCUCCACCGGCGCCACCAACCCCGACAAACUGCUCCACAUUUGCCGCCAGUUCAACGCUAGCCGCGCCAAGGCUGUCAACGUGGACCCGACGUUUGACAUUUUGGACUUUGCCCGCGAAACGCAGCUGACGUCGUACGAGUCGGGGGUCGUGGCCAAGCAGAAGGCGGUCAGCCGCCAACUGGCCCGCCAACAAGUGCACGAAGUAGAGGAAGUCGUCGAGGAGGAGCAGGCGCCAGAAGAUGAACCUACUGCCGAGGACGAAGAGGAGGUGGAAGAAGCAGUAGAGGAAGAGGUCGUAGAGGAUGCCGAAGACAAGUUGACGGGCGCCGUGGUCAUCGGGGUUCGCAUCUACACCAAGGAUGCGAAUGCUGUGGUCGGCGUCGUGGUGCAAACCGAAGACUAGAUGGGGCUAAUAAUGGCAUGGGUUAUUGUGGUACAUUGGUGAAAAUAUCGUUGUUGAAGCGAUCGAUACAGUAGGACAUUGAAUGAAAUGCAAAAUGGUGUUGAAAA